AUGGAUUCAAAUGAGUCCGCGGAAGGACCAAACAUAGUCUUCAAGCCUGAAAGCCAAGCGGAGAAUGAUAGGUCAAGAUGGCUCUGGAGCUUGGCUCAGUUCCGAGAAGCCUUUGAAUUGCAACCCUCCGAGGACGAACAGGCACAGGAUUGGUGGAUUGCAUCAACUGCCAUUCCACUCGUGGCUGCAACGGCGGCUCCCAUGGCCAAUCUUAUGUCUGUCGUUGCUUUGGUGACUUCAUGGAGAAACCAGGUUUACCCGGACCAGCUCGAUAGCCAGGGACGCGUACUCCAAGUCGGUAUUUCCGACCCCCACUGGUGUAUUGGCUUCAAUGCUUCCUCUUUGGUUUUUGGCUUAUUGGGAAACUUGUUUCUUCUUUUUAAUUUCACUAGGAAGAUGCGAUAUAUCGUUGCAUUACCAGCUUCGAUAUUCUUAUGGCUUCUGGCUACUGGUGUUCUUGCCGGAAUCACGGCUUCCAUGCACAUUUACGCUCCCCCAGAAGCGCCAGACUAUGUCUAUUCCCAGGGCUAUUGGAGUGCUGUUAUAGCCGCAGUUCUGUAUUUUAUAUUAGCUGCCAUUCUCAUGAUUAAUAUGCUGGGAUAUAUGCUAGGCCAUUAUCCUCAACAUUUCGCUCUUACUGACGACCAACGUACCCUGAUUUUGCAAACAACUUCAUUGAUGAUUUGGCUAGCCAUAGGUGGGGCUAUAUUUCAGAAGCUUAUUGAUAUUUCUUUUUCCGAUGCCGUGUACUUUUCAGAUGUUACCGUGUUAACUUUGGGGUACGGUGAUAUCACUGCCGGGACUAAUUUGGCAAGGGGUUUGAUUUUUCCAUAUGCAGUUAUUGGAAUCAUUAUUUUGGCUCUGAUAGUUGCAAGUAUCACUCGUUUCGCAAGAGAGGUCACCAAUGCCAACGUUGUCAAAACCCACCUUCAUCGCAAAAGAGUGGAAGUCUUGCAACGGUCCCUGGCGGUUGAUCAGGAUCAAAAGCCUCCUAGUGAAUUAAGGCAUGGAAACCAGGUUCAAAUUCACAAUGAAACGACGUCUAGACCAAUCCGGUCUAUGGUCAAUAGCAUAAUGGCGUCAAAGAGGUCCAGAACUUUGAUCAUGCGCGAGGAAAAGGAUCGAUUCAAAACCAUGAGAGCCAUCCAGAACGAAACACUGAGAUUUCGCCGUUGGAUGUCUCUCUUAUCAAGUCUCAUGGGGUUCGCCAUUGUAUGGUGUGGAGGAGCAGGUGUGUUCUCUCGAUUGGAGAAUAUUGGUUAUUUCAGCGCGUUAUACUUCGGUUUUUGCUCUCUACUCACGAUUGGAUAUGGUGACAUCACGCCACAGUCGAACGGUGGCCGCCCCUUCUUUAUCGUCUGGUCUCUCGUUGCCAUACCAACAAUGACAAUUCUCAUCUCUAAAAUGAGCGACACUAUCCUUUCUGGUGUCGACAAUGCGACCAACUGGAUUGCAGAGUUCACUGUACUCCCAACAAGUGGUCGAUAUCACCAAUUCAUCUCCAAAGUCCCGCUGAUUCGGAACUAUCUAGAACAGCGAGCUGAAAGGAAACGCAUUGAGCACGGAUUCCGCGUUGGAGUAAGCAACUCCGCAAAUCCUGAUGAUGAUGGUGAUGAACAAGAUGACCUCGAAAAUGGUGAUAAGUCGACCAACAGCAGUAAUAACGACUACGAGCGUGCCCAUCCACCUCCGCGAACAAUUGAAGAACUCGAGAAACACCGUCGAUCACCUCAUCAACUUGCGCGAGAUCUCAUUUUUGCCAUUCGCCGAGUCACGCAGGACGUGAUAUCCGGUGAAAUCAAGCGAUACUCGUAUGAAGAAUGGGUUGAAUUCACCCAACUGAUCCGAUUCACCAAUCCGAAUUCUUCACGCCAGUCAGAAAUCGAGCUGGAUGAGAAUGAGUGGGGUUUGAUCCAGUGGGAUUGGAUGGGUGAGAAUAGCCCAAUGAUGGCUGAACAGACAGAGCCAGAAUGGCUUUUGAAUCGUCUGACGGAAAGCUUGCUUCGAUACAUGGCUAGCGUGGAAUCUGAGCAGGAAAUGGCAGGGGGCCAGCAACGUGGCCUGCCCGUUGAUACCGACGAUGAAGGUGCUCAACCGUCCUUAGACUCGAACAACGGAGCAACCGCCCAAAACUGUUGA